AUGCACCCAAACUUGGACUUGAAAAAUAUCCUUGUUUCGGAAACUGGCGAGCUUCAGGGUUUGGUUAACUGGCGUGGUGCCUGCGCCAUGCCACGAAACCUCGGAUGUGAGAGUGUUCCAAGGUGGCUACGUGGUGAUUGGCAAGAACAUAUGGCAUAUCCGCACGCCGGUGAGCAGGCAAAAUGUUUCAAGUAUCGCAAUUUUUACACUGACUGUAUUCAGUCACACCUGAAACCAAAUACGGAGGAGGCUACACCAGUUCAAAGUCCAUUUAUCUUUCAGUUUCCACGUUGGGGACCCGAAAAAGACAAACCCAGUCUGACACGAGGCUCUACUGCUGCGAUGUACCUCCGAGAAUGUGGCAGGGACGUAGAGUCGAUCCCAUACAUUGUUGAUAGAUUUUUCUUCGAGAUAGAAUUGGCUCUUGAGAAACAUCACAAUUUCAGUGCAGCGGACCGCGAAAAGGCUGGCUUUUACGUGUUCUUUGUCAUCGACGACUUGGAACAGGGAAAGAUCAGUAAAAAGCAUUUGGAGCUUCUGAAAAAGGGACUUGAUGCGCUUUUUGAACUGGGUCCGAUCUUUAGGUGUGAGGAUAAAGCCUUGGCUAGGCGUAUUAAUGCUCGGCGUAAUCAGAAGAUUGAUAUAGAGAAGUGGGCAGAAUAUUGCCAUGUACAAUAA